AAGGUCAAGAGGAAGUGGGGUGAGGUUAGCAGCAUCCACGGAGGGAUUUCCAUUAUCCUAUCCAUCGCACCAACUGCUGGGCCUAGAUGAGCCUCUUUCAUAGGUGGAGAGUAAAAGUAGCAUUGGACUCAGGUGAACGUUUUUGUUCGUGUAACAACCAUGCUUUUUGUUGUCACCCGUGCAGACUGGCCAGCGCAGCAGGGAAGCAGUGACACGCUUAUCCUGGCCCAGCCUCAGCUUACUGGCUUUUAAUUCUAUUCCUUCACACCCCCAACUCUCCCUAGCUCGACUCCUUGGAAAGCAGUCCUGAUGCCUAAGAAAGAGAAAUGGGGGCUGUCGAAAAUGUUUACACCACCAACUUCUUCUGCCUCCAACUUGUGGCGUAGAGAAAAAGGAUUCAUUCUGGAUUGCAUUGCAGUGGACAGUUUAGCAAAAGGGGCCAACAAUUUCUUGCCAAACCCGAAUUGCGUCAUUCCUCCUUAUAAUGCUCAGAAGGACCAACACCUAGUUAACUACUUUGCAUCGAAGGCUUCAUCUCAGCUUCAUCAGGGAAGAGAUUCAUGGUCUAAAGAGGUAGUGGCCCAAGAGGAGGAAGAGGGGAAAGAAAAAAUGGGACCAAUGGCUCAACAAUACCUGAUGAGGAGGAACAGGGCAGGUGCAGGUCAUUCUGUGGAAGAGAUACAAGGACACAGCUUUCUUUUUUCUUCUCUCAAACCAGUCCUGGGAUACAAUGGUCCCUAUGGAUACAGGAGGAACCGUCCAAAUUUACGAAAGACACCUGCUACUUUUGGGAUAUUAACUCACCUGCCACUUCAUUAGAUUUACAACUAGGGGAGAGGGAGUUGUUCCUUUUAAAUUGAUCCUGUGGUCUGUUCUUGUUAAUUUAUUCACUUGUUAAUUUAUUCACACUGAUAAUGGUAUGUACAGCCAUGUAACAUGACUGAAGUACACCGAACUGAUACCCCCAUUAAAGCAAUAAUUAACACCUUU